AUGUCGUUCCCUAACGUUUCCGCAGACCUCAUCUGGGAGGUGACCCGCAGCCAGAAUGCCUUCCUCGUGAAGAGGAAGACCACUGGUGGUCUCCGGUUCUCCCGCGACCCCUACAACUUGGCUAACGUCCACUCGCGCAAGCAUGCUGGUUUCGUCAACGAGAAGGCUGUCGGGGUCGUCCCCAAUGAGAAGGGCGGCGUUCAGGUCAUCACCAAGAAGGCCGGUGCCGGUAACAAGCCCUUGACGGGCCGCUACACCGUCACCUAUGGUGGCAACAAGUCUGCCAGAAAGACUUACAAGAACAUUGCGACUCAGACCGCCAAGUCAGGUUACCGCGCAGACCUCCGCCAGACCGCCGUUGCCCGUGCCAGCGCCAUCCGCAAGUCCCAGAGACCUGUCAAGGCCUCGCCCGAGAAGAAGCAGAGGGGCAACGCUGCCAAGAAGGCUGCUGCUGAGAACUAA